CGAUAAAAACAGAAAAUAACAAAACAGAACAGAAAAAAAUAAAUAAAUAAUUUCCAUCCAUGUCCCAAUUGGUUUUCCCUUCCCCUGUUUCUUUCUCUUCUCUUCUCUUCUCUGCGAAUCUCAAUUUUCCUUCAAAAAUCUUCAAAUCCCUAACCAUAACCCCUUUCACACUCCUUCAAAUUCUCACUCAAAUCUCCUUCAUCAACAAAAUUCAAUCCCAAUUUCAAUCGAUUCGUCUCAAUUUUUCUCAACCCUCCGCAACAAAAUCGCUAAUUUCCGUUCCUAUAAAACCCUAAUUCCUAAUCCCACCGGCGACAUCGCACCUCCAUGCGAGAUCCUCUACCUCCACCGCCGUCUUCCGGCGACGACGGUGAUCCAUACGGCUCCUGGUAUGGCAACAUCGACUACCUUCUCAACAUAUCGGCGAUCGGAGCCUUAUUCUGUCUCUUGAUUUUCCUCUUGGUGAAGCUACGGAGCGACCACCGUCGCAUGCCCGGUCCUUCCGCCAUUGCCAGCAAACUUCUCGCCGUCUGGCAUGCUACCGGCCGUGAAAUUGCCCGCCAUUGCGGCGCCGAUGCUGCUCAGUUUCUCCUCAUUGAAGGUGGAAGCUGUGCUGUUCUCUUGUCGGUUGCGGCUCUCGCGCUCGUUGUUUUGCUUCCGCUUAAUCUCCAUGCCGGAACCGUUGUUUUGGGAGAUCAAUUCUCCAAGACAACUAUCAAUCAUAUACCUAAAGGUUCGCCUUUGCUUUGGAUUCAUUUCCUUUUCGCUGUUGUUGUAGUUUUAUUGGUUCAUUUCGGCAUCUCUGCUACGGAAGAGCGUUUGAGAAUUACUAGGUUUAGGGAUGGUUAUGGUAAUUUGAGUGAUCCAACUGCGAAUUCUAGUGCUAUAUUUACUAUAAUGGUUCAGGGGUUACCGAAAAUUAUAGGAGCUGAUAGGGCUGUGUUGCAGGAGUAUUUUCAGUAUAGGUAUCCUGGUAAGGUUUACAAGGUUAUUGUGCCGAUGGAUUUAUGUGCAUUGGAUGGUUUGGCUACUGAGUUGAUGCGUGUGAGGGACGAGAUUUCAUGGUUGGUGGCUAGGAUUGAUUCUCGCUUGUUGCCCGAUGAUGGUGCAGAGGAUGGUGGCAUUGGUGGGAGUGUGUCUCAGGGAUUGAGGAGUUGGGUGGUAAAUUGUUGGAAAUGGUUGAAAGGUUUUUAUGCUGACAUUAUGGCGUUAUUUGGUUAUACUGAUGAGGAGAGGUUGAGACAAUUGCAGGAACUGAGGGCUGAACUGGAGACUGAGCUGGCUGCUUACAAAGAAGGACGUGCACAGGGUGCUGGUGUUGCCUUUGUUAUGUUCAAGGAUGUGUAUACUGCUAAUAAGGCUGUUCAGGAUUUUCAGAACGAAAAGAAGAGGAGGGUUGGGAAGUUCUUUUCUGUCAUGGAGUUGCGUCUGAGGAGAAACCAAUGGAAGGUUGAGCGUGCUCCCUUGGCGAGUGACAUUUACUGGAAAAAUUUGGGGACGCCAAAAGUAUCGCUGAAAUUGCGGAGAGUGUGUGUGAAUACUUGUUUGUUGUUGAUGCUCUUGUUCUUUAGUUCUCCCCUUGCUGUGAUCAGUGCUAUUCAAAGUGCUGGAAGGAUCAUCAAUGCCGAAGCUAUGGAUAAUGCACAAAUGUGGAUGGCUUGGGUGCAAAGCUCUGGCUGGCUUGGAAGCCUUAUUUUUCAAUUUCUACCCAAUGUUAUCGUCUUUGUCAGCAUGUACAUAGUUGUUCCAUCUGCUCUUUCUUACCUGUCGAAAUUUGAACGCCAUCUGACAGUUUCUGGGGAGCAAAGAGCUGCACUCAUGAAGUUGGUUUGCUUCUUCCUUGUAAAUCUCAUUCUCUUGCGGGGUUUGGUCGAAUCAUCACUGGAAAGUGCCAUCCUGAAAAUGGGACGGUGCUAUUUGGAUGGAGAGGAUUGCAAGAGGAUUGAGCAAUAUAUGAGUGCAUCAUUCCUGUCAAAGUCAUGCCUUUCUUCUCUUGCAUUUCUGAUCACAAGCACUUUCUUGGGGAUAUCUUAUGAUCUAUUAGCACCCGUUCCUUGGAUUAAAAGAAACAUUCAGAAGUUUCGGAAAAAUGACAUGCUUCAGUUAGUUCCAGAACAAAGUGAAGAAUACCCGUUAGAACACCAGGACGUAGAUGGUCUUCAGAGACCACUAAUUCAUAGCAGUCCCGGUGCUUAUGAAACUUCCAAUGGUUAUAAUCAAGAUGGACAAGAUCUUUCUGUCUAUCCAACCACCGGGAGCUCACCUAACCCAAAACAGACAUUCGAUUUUGCACAGUAUUAUGCCUUCAAUUUGACAAUAUUUGCCCUGACUCUGGUAUACUGUUCGUUUAGUCCACUUGUUGUCCCUGUUGGUGCAGUUUAUUUUGGGUAUAGAUAUGUGGUGGACAAGUACAACUUUCUCUUUGUCUAUCGAGUUCGAGGAUUUCCUGCAGGCAAUGAUGGGAGGUUAAUGGAUACUGUAUUAUGCAUCAUGCGUUUCUGCGUUGAUCUAUUCUUACUCGCUAUGCUCCUAUUCUUCUCAGUACAAGGGGACUCUACGAAGCUGCAAGCUAUUUUCACUCUUGGACUAUUAGUCUUGUAUAAAUUACUGCCUUCCCAUCGUGAUAGUUUACAAUCAACCCUUUUGGAGGGCAUUCAAACGGUUGAUAAUGUUGUAAAUAGUCCUGUUGAUUACGAGGUGUUUUCACAGCCCAGGUUUGAUUGGGAUAACUCCCAAAGGUGAUUCAAGCUUUGAUAUUCCUGCUGUCAAAUAGAGCUGUAUCUGUUCCCAUACAAAAACAUGUGACUCAGAAAAGUAGUGAUGGGGGGGAUAGGGAUGAAGGGAUCACUCAAGAGUCCAUAAUCCGUUAUACACACUUCAUUUCUACCAUCUGUUCCAUUUGUCACCCAAUUCCAAAGAUUGGCCACGGUGUUAAUGAAUGUACCAUAUCAUAUUUGCUUUGUGCAAAUUUGGGGCGAUUGUAAUGUUUCCACUUUUUAUAUCUUCAUGCUCAUCACAAUGGGGAAAUUCUCGGGAAAGUUGGACCUGUUUUCGUUAGAGAAGUAACAGUGAGAGCCUGUUGCUUCUGAGACAAGUUUCAGAGCAAAUGGUGCUUCUCCUACUAUUGGUACAUUCCCACAGCCUACUCUUGCUAAGAAUUUGAAGUGCAUGCCAAGUUAUUUUCCUAUAAAAAAGCUUACUAGUUACCAUCAUUUUUUAGAUAUAUAGAUUUGGAAGAGAAAAAAAAUGUAUAGAGAUAUUAUUGCCAGUUAAAUUGGUCACGUUUAUCAACUUUUGUUUCUUUUUGUUGUUGAUACAUAUGAACUUUUGUUUUAGUCAAUUAAUCUCAUUUAAAGUAAAUCAGCAGAGAAGUAGAGGAAGAACAUUUCCCUUCAUUUUAUGGUCAGGUGUAAAUUGUGUUUUUACACCUUAAUUUAACCUUUAAAUCAGGCAAAUGGAAAAUCAUGUGAAAAUAAAUAGAAACGUGUUAUUUUCUUAUUA